AUGGACCCCCAAAUGAACAAGCUCCUCAAAUGGAGCGUCCAGAACUCACAGCAGCAAAGUGCCGACGGCACCUCCACUGCCCCUCCUAACGCCGCCGAGACCUCGCGCAACCUGACCCCGGAGAUGAUCAAUGCCCUCCUCGGUGGUCCCUCCGAUGCCGACCUGAUGAAGGCUGCCAUGGAGGUCCUGCACUCGGACGAGUCCGACCUCGAGAACAAGAUGAUUGCCUUCGACAACUUCGAACAGCUGAUCGAAGGUAUUGAUAACGCCAAUAAUCUCGAGCCGCUGGGUCUCUGGACCCCAUUGGUGCAACUGCUCACGCAUGAGGAUGCCGAUAUGCGCCGCAUGGCGGCGUGGUGUAUUGGUACGGCGGUGCAAAAUAACGAGAAGGCGCAGGACAAGGUAUGUGUUCACCCUCACCCGGGACUGGAACAGUCGCUCUUUUGGGAUGCAACGAAACUAGACGCUAACAUCACUUGUGCACAGCUGGUUGUUUUGAAUGCUAUUCCUACUCUCAUCACCGUCGCCACGACCGACCCGAACCCCGCUACUCGCAAGAAGGCUAUCUAUGCGCUCUCGUCGGCCGUGCGCAACUACCAGCCCGCCAUGAACGAGCUAGUGAAGAACCUUCCGGCGGGGUAUCCUACCGAUAAGACUGACGCCGGGGAUAUGGAGACUGUGGAUGUGAUCAUGGACAAACUCCGUGACCACCCCGUCGACUCGGCAUGA